GGCAGUCUUUCCUUCAGAGGAAAGCAGCUGACCGUCCCUUUCCCGCAGGCAUGGGAGAUCACCCAGAAGACCUUCGCAUACACCAACCACACAGUGCUCCCAGAAGCCUUGGAGCGCUGGCCUGUAGAGCUGGUGGAGAAGCUGCUGCCUCGACAUUUGCAAAUCAUUUAUGAGAUAAAUCAGAAGCAUUUAGAUAAAAUUGCGGCUUUGUUUCCUAAGGAUGUCGACCGUCUGAGAAGGAUGUCUCUGAUAGAAGAGGAAGGAGGCAAAAGGAUCAACAUGGCCCAUCUUUGCAUUGUGGGCUCCCAUGCUGUGAAUGGUGUAGCUAAAAUCCACUCAGACAUCGUAAAGACCCAAGUGUUCAAGGACUUCAGUGAGCUAGAACCAGACAAGUUUCAGAACAAAACCAAUGGGAUCACUCCAAGGCGCUGGCUACUACUCUGCAACCCAGGGCUUGCCGAAUUAAUAGCAGAGNUGUGA